GUCAUAAUGACUUCAACAAGUAAAGCAAUUGAGUUACAGCUACAAGUGAAACAAAAUGCGGAGGAAUUGCAAGAUUUUAUGCGGGAUUUAGAACACUGGGAAAAUGACAUUAAACAAAAGGAUAUGGAACUGAGGAGACAAGGCGGUGUUCCUGAAGAGAAUUUACCUCCUAUUCGAAAUGGGAAUUUUAGGAAAAAGAAGAAAGGUAAAGCUAAAAAUUCUGCCAAAAAAACCAAAGAGGAAAACACAAAAAACAGAAUAAAAUCUUUCGAUUAUGACGCCUGGGCAAAACUUGAUGUGGACCGUAUCCUUGAUGAACUUGACAAAGAAGAUAGUACCCACGAUUCUGUGUCCCAGGAAUCGGACUCAGAAGAAGAUGGUGUUCGUGUGGACUCCCAGAAGGCUCUUGUUCUAAAAGAAAAGGGCAAUAAAUACUUCAAGCAAGGAAAAUAUGAUGAAGCAAUUGAGUGCUACACCAAAGGCAUGGAUGCUGAUCCAUAUAAUCCUGUGUUGCCAACAAACAGAGCGUCAGCUUACUUUAGAUUGAAAAAAUUUGCUGUUGCUGAGUCUGACUGUAACUUGGCAAUUGCCUUAAGCAGGAGUUACACCAAGGCUUACGCCAGACGAGGCGCUGCUCGAUUUGCUCUGCAGAAGUUAGAGGAUGCCAGAAAAGAUUAUGAAAAAGUCUUAGAACUGGAACCAGAUAACUUUGAAGCAACAAACGAACUCAGGAAGAUUAAUCAGGCUUUAGCAUCCAAAGAAAACUCCCAUCCCAAAGAAGCUGCUACAGUAAUUAAACCAACUGAAGAGGAGAAAAGACAAGUUGAAGAUCAGCAGAGCAAGCAGAAGGCCAUUUCAGAGAAAGACCUGGGGAAUGGAUUUUUCAAAGAGGGAAAAUAUGAGAGAGCAAUUGAAUGCUACACUAGAGGGAUAGCAGCCGACAGCACCAACGCCCUCCUUCCAGCUAACAGAGCAAUGGCCUAUCUUAAGGUUCAGAAAUAUGAAGAAGCUGAGAGAGACUGCACACAAGCCAUCUCACUAGAUGGUUCCUAUUCAAAAGCUUUUGCUAGAAGAGGAACUGCAAGAACAUUUUUGGGAAAGAUCAACGAAGCCAAGCAAGAUUUUGAAACUGUUUUACUUCUGGAACCUGGAAAUAAGCAAGCAGUGACUGAGCUUUCCAAAAUUAAAAAGGAAUUAAUUGAGAAAGGCCAUUGGGAUGACGUCUUUCUUGACUCCACACAAAGGCACAACGUGGUAAAACUUGUAGAUAACCCAGCACAUCGAGGGGCGCCUAAAGCACUCAAGAAGGUUUUUAUUGAAGAAACUGGCAAUUUAGUAGAGACUGUUGAUGCCCCAGAAAGUGCUGCCACUGCUCCCGAGAGUGAGCAAGCAACCCCAACAGCAGCUGUGGGCACCUCGAGCAAGAAGAGUUCAAGCCAGGGGCAGUCUUUGCCUGCAGGUGAUACUCCAAGAGCUAAAGUGUUGAAAAUAGAAGAAAUGAGUGACACUCUGGCCCAACAGCCACAGGUUGACGUGAAGCAGGACGUGAGUCAGCCUUUGAGCAAGGGGAUCUCUGUGAAGGGAGAGCAGACGCCGCCGGCUCUGCUUGCUGUUCUGCCUCCAGUUCCUGCCAACUCCUUCCAGCUCGAGGCUGAUUUCAGACAGCUGAGGGGCUCCCCAGAUGCGCUGUAUCAGUACUUAAAGAAAAUCGAACCAUCUUCGUAUCCGAAGUUGUUUCAGAAAAACCUAGAUCCAGAUGUAUUCAAUCAAAUCAUUAAAAUUUUACAUGACUUUUACAUUGAGAAGGAAACACCAUCUCUCAUCUUUGAAGUCUUACAAAGACUUUCUCAACUGAGAAGGUUUGACAUGGCAGUGAUGUUUAUGUCAGGACCCGAGAGAAGGAUCACAAAUGUACUGUUUAGUCACUUAGAAAAAUCAGAAUUGAAGAAGGAUUCUGUUGAAGAACUCAAGAAAAGAUAUGGCGGCUGACCUCCAUGAUCACGCUCUUGUUUUGCCUUGAAUGUGUACACUAUUUCCUUUCUGAAAUCACGUGUUGUGCUUGGCUUUUUAAGAAAAUGAAGUCAUCCCUGAGAAGGACUCUCCUCUCUGCACUGUAGUUACUGCACUGUCACGUGUGCUGUGGCCAACUAGUGGGAAAUGCUUCAAACAAACUAAGGUUUUUAUGAAAAUAAAAAUGUAAGUAAUGAGAUAUAUGUGUAAGGGUCAGUAUUUUAUUUUA